AACCAAUGAAAUUCUGUAAGGACCACGUGAAUUGGUAACGUCACGUGAGGGGAGUAAGCAAAGAUGGCGACCGCGGGAGGUGAGGCUAGUUCGCAGAGCGAAUCUGGCGACGAAAUUUUUCAGACAUUUUACACAGAGGUGAAGCAGAUUGAGAAACGAGACUCUGUACUUACCCCAAAACAGCAGAUAGACAGAUUACUCAGACCUGGAGCUUCAUAUUUUAAUCUAAACCCAUUUGAGGUCUUGCAGAUUGAUCCAGAUGUAACAGAUGAGGAGAUAAAGAAGCGGUUUCGGCAACUAUCAAUCCUGGUCCAUCCAGAUAAGAAUCAGGAUGAUCCAGACAGAGCACAGAAAGCGUUUGAAGCUGUGGACAAGGCAUAUAAAUUACUCCUGGAUCAGGAUCAGAAGAAACGUGCAAUUGAUGUGAUCCAUGCAGGAAGAGAGUAUGUGGAGCACAUGAUGAAGGAGAAGAAGAAACAGCUGAAGAAAGAGGGAAAGCCUACAAUAGUGGAAGAGGAUGAUGCUGAGCUGUUCAGACAAGCUGUUUACAAGCAGACGAUGAAGCUGUUUGCUGAGUUGGAGAUCAAGAGGAAGGAAAGGGAAGCCAAGGACAUGCAUGAAAGGAAAAGACAAAGGGAGGAAGAGAUUGAGACUCAGGAGAAGGCAAAGAGGGAGAGAGAGUGGCAGAAGAACUUUGAGGAAACGAGGGAUGGACGAGUAGACAGCUGGCGGAAUUUUCAGGCUAAAGGCAAGAAGAAAGAGAAGAACCGCACCUUCCUUAAGCCUCCGAAAGUGAAGAUGGAGCAGAGGGAGUGACUACCUUAUUUGGAAUUGGGGGGGUGGGUGGGUGAGGAUUGUCCUAAUGGUGUAACCAACAACAGCAUCCCAGACCUAGGAGAGCCAGGUCUCCAGAGAGUGUGUAGUGUGUAGUUUUUUUCUUUCUUUUUUAAAUGUACAUAUUUGUAAAUUGUGACCUCUCUGAGAGUUUCACUCCGAACUGAGUAAUCAGAAAGAUCAAAACAGAACAGCAGGUUUUCUGUUAAUAUCGCCAUUUCAACAUAUUUUUUUGUUGAUCUUUUUCUUACUUUUUCUUUAUGACAAACCCCCAUUCACAACCGGCCACAUUGUCCUAAUUUGCCAAGCAACUGGUCAACAAGACGGUUACAUCAACCACUGCAUACCCGCUUUCUCAUUGCGUGGGAUUUGAGUGUAUCAACUUCUUGUCUCCCUUACAUUCAUGGCAGCGAGAUCUUUGGUUAGUGUUUUGUCAGCCACACGAUGAGAGGCUGUCAAGUUUAUCUGCUUGUUCCCAUGGUGAUGUGUUAUCUGUCUCAUUUCAUCUUCUGUAGUGUCAGUAGCCUUCUGUCUUUCCUCUUCCCGUUUCCUCUGUGGUAGCAGCAGUUAUGUGUUAUAUAUUUUUUUAAGUUAUCCCAUCAUAGCUGUUGGAACUGCAUUGCCCUGCAGGUGUGGAAAGAUGCAUUUAAUUUCUGUUUGAGUUUAGUCGGAUGACCCUGUGACAUUUGCACACAUAAUAAAACGUUAAAUCUUUCUUAA